AAUUAUUACUGUAUCAUAGUCUAAUUCACAGGCAUAGCGAUUCGCAACCCCAAUUCCCCAACCUUUCUCUUUGGUUUCCCUCUUUUGGGUUUUCUCCUACAUUUCUCUCACUUUCUCUCUUGCGUUCUCUUCUCUUCUCUCUUCUCACUCACUCACUCACUCACUCCUGAUGUGUAUGCAUUCACUCCUUUCUCUCUCAUCUCUCAGUUCAAAGUAGAGAAGUGGAGGUGAGAUGACAACCCUACGAUCGAGCUGGCCGGCGAGGCUGCGGCAACUACUUUCGACGGAAAGCGCCAUUGGCCCUUCCAUCAAGCUUGACUCCGAACCCCCUCCCAAGAUCAAAGCAUUCAUUGAGAGGGUCAUUCAAUGUCCAUUACAAGAUAUUGCUAUACCACUCUCUGGCUUCUGGUGGGAAUACAAUAAGGGUAAUUUUCAUCACUGGAGGCCAUUGUUACUUCAUUUUGAUACAUACUUCAAGACAUAUUUAUCAUGUCGGAAUGACCUAACAUUGUUGGGUAAUCUAGAAGAUGACACACCAUUACCCAAACAUGCAAUUUUGCAAAUAUUACGAGUGAUGCAAAUAAUUUUGGAGAACUGUCCAAACAAAAGUUCAUUUGAUGGCUUAGAGCACUUCAAGUUGCUACUAGCAUCAACGGAUCCUGAAAUUCUUAUUGCUUCAUUAGAAACUCUUUCUGCACUUGUAAAAAUAAAUCUCUCAAAGCUUCAUGGAAGUGCAAAAAUGGUUGGUUGUGGUUCAGUGAAUAGUUAUCUCCUGUCCCUGGCGCAAGGGUGGGGAAGCAAAGAGGAGGGGUUGGGAUUAUUCUCCUGUAUUAUGGCAAAUGAGAAAGCCCAAGAUGAAGCACUGUGUUUGUUCCCUUCUGAUGUGCAGAAUGGUUGUGACCAAUCCAACUACCGCAUAGGUUCUACCCUUUACUUUGAAUUGCAUGGACCAAAUGCCCAAAGCAAAGAACACAGUGUAGAUGCCAUUUCCCCAAGUUUGAGAGUUAUAAAUAUCCCAGAUCUGCAUUUGCGCAAGGAAGAUGACUUGUUGUUGUUGAAGCAGUGUAUUGAGCAGCAUAACGUUCCUCCUGAACUACGAUUUUCAUUGCUCACUAGAAUAAGAUAUGCUCACGCUUUUCAGUCUCCAAGAAUAAGCAGGCUGUAUAGCAGGAUUUGUCUUCUUGCUUUUAUUGUGCUUGUCCAGUCCAGUGAUGCUCAUGAUGAGCUUGUGUCCUUUUUUGCUAAUGAACCAGAGUAUACAAAUGAAUUGAUUAGAGUUGUACGAUCUGAGGAGACCAUUUCUGGAUCUAUUAGAACACUCGUAAUGCUUGCACUAGGAGCUCAGUUAGCAGCAUAUACGUCUUCCCAUGAUCGUGCAAGGAUACUCAGUGGAUCUAGUAUGAAUUUUGCUGGAGGGAAUCGUUUGAUACUCCUGAAUGUGCUUCAGAGGGCCAUUUUAUCAUUGAAGAGUUCUAGUGAUCCAUCCUCCCUUGCCUUUGUUGAGGCACUUCUUCAGUUCUACCUGCUCCAUGUUGUGUCAACUUCUUCUUCUGGCAGUAAUAUUAGAGGCUCUGGCAUGGUACCCACAUUCCUGCCACUGCUUGAGGAUUCUGAUCCUUCACAUAUACAUCUUGUCUGUUUUGCAGUGAAAACCCUUCAGAAGCUUAUGGAUUACAGUAGCUCAGCUGUAUCUUUGUUUAAGGAGUUGGGGGGUAUUGAGCUUUUGGCUCAAAGAUUACAGAUAGAGGUUCACAGGGUCAUUGGUUUGAUUGGAGAAAAUAACGUGAUGCCCACUGGUGAAAGCUCAAAAAAUAGUACCGACCAGUUGUAUUUGCAGAAGAGGCUCAUAAAAGUCUCCCUUAAGGCACUUGGUUCUGCAACAUAUUCCCCUGCAAACAAUACUAGAUCUCCACAUUCACAUGACAGUUCAUUACCUGCUACGUUAGCCUUGAUUUUUGCAAAUGUGAAUAAGUUUGGCGGUGACAUUUAUUAUUCAGCUGUUACUGUAAUGAGUGAAAUAAUCCACAAAGAUCCAACAUGUUUUUCAGCUCUGCAUGAAAUGGGUCUUCCUGAUGCUUUUUUAUCUUCAGUUGCAUCUGGAGUACUUCCUUCAUCGAAAGCUUUGACAUGCAUUCCAAAUGGUCUUGGAGCCAUUUGUCUCAAUGCCAAAGGCUUAGAGGUGGUUAGAGAAACUUCAUCUCUGCGUUUCCUUGUUGAAGUCUUCACAAGCAAGAAAUAUGUAUUAGCCAUGAAUGAUGCUAUUGUUCCUCUGGCAAAUUCUGUGGAGGAACUUCUGCGUCAUGUAUCUUCAAUGAGAAGUACUGGUGUUGAUGUUAUCAUUGAAAUUAUCCAUAAGAUCACAUCCUUCGGAGAUGGUAAUGAAACAGGAUCCUCGGGAAAGGAUAAUGAGGGCAGUGCAAUGGAAACAGAUUCUGUAGACAAAGAAAAUGAAAGCAGUUGCGGCCUUGUUGACACUGUAGAUUCUGCUGCUGAAGUGGUAACUGAUGAGCAGUUUGUUCAGCUGUGCAUCUUUCACUUGAUGGUAUUGGUUCAUCGGACUAUGGAAAAUUCUGAAACAUGUCGACUAUUUGUGGAAAAAUCAGGAAUUGAAGCCUUAUUGACGUUAUUAUUACGACCAACUAUUGCACAAUCGUCAGAUGGCAUGUCUAUUGCAUUGCAUAGCACCAUGGUAUUUAAGGGGUUUGCUCAACAUCACUCUGCACCUCUGGCACGGGCAUUCUGUUCAUCUCUUAGGGAACACUUGAAGAAAGCACUGGCUGGGUUUGGUGCAGCUUCAGGGGAAUCAGGAUCUUUGUUGCUGGAUCCGAGGAUGACAGAUGAUAGCAGUAUCUUUUCAUCACUUUUCCUAGUUGAGUUCCUUCUCUUUCUUGCAGCGUCAAAAGACAAUCGCUGGAUGACUGCCUUGCUUACAGAAUUUGGAAAUGACAGUAAGGAUGUGCUUGAAGACAUUGGACGUGUCCAUCGUGAAGUUGUAUGGCAAAUUGCUUUGCUUGAAAAUACAAAGCUUGAUAUUGAGAGCGAUGUUGCUUGUCCUUCUGAUGACUCACAACAGGCAGAAGUAGAUCCAAAUGAAACGGAAGAUCAAAGGUUCAGUUCUUUCAGGCAGUUUCUUGAUCCAUUGCUGAGAAGGAGGACUUCGGGGUGGAGUAUUGAAUCACAGUUCUUUGACCUUAUAAACCUGUAUCGCGAUUUGGGUCGUGCAACUGGUUCUCAGAACCGACUUGGUUCUGUUGGUCCUUCAACCAUGCAGUUAGGUUCCAUUGAUCAAUUGCAUAGUUCUGGGUCUGUGGAUACUUCUGGGGCCAGUAAUAGGAAGGAAUAUGACAAGCAAAGGACUUAUUAUGCCUCUUGUUGUGACAUGGUCAGCUCACUUUCAUUUCACAUUACCCAUUUGUUCCAAGAGUUGGGAAAAGGAAUGCUGUUACCUUCUCGCCGACGUGAUGAUAUUGUCAAUGUGAAUCCUGCUUCAAAAUCAGUUGCUUCUACUUUUGCCUGUGUUGCUCUAGAUCACAUGAAUUUUGGUGCACGUGUAACAUAUUCAGGGACUGAAGCAUCUAUAUCAACAAAAUGUCGUUAUUUUGGUAAAGUGAUUGAUUUUUUGGACAGUAUACUGAUGGAGAGGCCAGAUACUUGCAAUCCAAUUAUGCUGAAUUGCUUGUAUGGGCAUGGAGUAAUUCAAUCUGUGUUGACCACAUUUGAAGCUACUAGUCAGUUGCUCCUCACGGUAAAUUGUACCGCUGCAUCGCCUAUGGAAACUGAUGAUGUGCAUGCAAACCAUGAUUUCAAGGAAGAAACAGAUAAGUCAUGGAUUUAUGGUUCUUUAGCUAGUUAUGGUAAAUUUAUGGACCAUCUAGUGACUUCCUCUUUUAUAUUAUCUUCAUCCACAAAGCACUUGCUUGCUCAGCCCCUUACAAGUGGCAAUACUCCUUUCCCGCGGGAUGCAGACACAUUUGUUAAGGUCCUCCAAUCCAUGGUGUUAAAGGCUGUGCUUCCAGUUUGGACUCAUCCCCACUUUGUUGAUUGUACUAAUGAAUUUAUUUCUACAGUUAUCUCCAUUGUUAAACAUGUUUAUUCUGGGGUUGAGGUGAAAAAUAUAAAUGGAAGCAGCAGUGCUCGAAUUACUGGGCCUCCUCCGAAUGAAACAGCUAUUUCAACCAUUGUAGAGAUGGGUUUUUCCAGGUCUAGAGCAGAGGAAGCUUUGAGGCAGGUUGGGUCAAAUAGUGUGGAGUUGGCAAUGGAGUGGUUGUUUACCCAUCCAGAAGAGACACAAGAGGAUGACGAACUUGCUCGUGCACUUGCCAUGUCCCUUGGGAAGGCUGAAUCAGACAUGAAGGAUGCUGUUGUAAAUGAUGAUCUUCAACAGCUUGAGGAAGACAUGGUCCAACUUCCUCAUGUUGAUGAGUUAUUAUCAACUUGCACAAAACUUCUACAGAAAGAACACCUUGCAUUUCCUGUUCGUGACUUACUGGUGAUGAUAUGCUCUCGGGAUGAUGGUCACUACAGAUCUAAUGUUAUCACAUUUAUUGUUGACCGGAUCAAGGACUGUGGGUUGGUUUCUAGUAAUGGAAAUAAUACUUCGCUUGCUUCUCUGUUUCAUGUUCUCGCUCUGAUUCUUAAUGAGGAUUCUGUAGCACGGGAAGCUGCUGCGAAGAAUGGUUUAAUCAAGAUUGCCUCGGAUCUUCUCUGCCAGUGGGAUUCUAGUCUUGAUAGUGGGGAUAAACAUCUAGUUCCAAAGUGGGUCACAGCUGCUUUUCUUGCAUUAGACCGGCUGUUGCAAGUGGAUCCAAAAUUGAAUUCUGAAAUUGCAGAGCUCUUGAAGAAGGAAGUGGUGAGUAUCCAGCAGACAUCAAUUACCAUUGAUGAAGAUAAACAACACAAAUUGCAAUCUGCAUUGGGACUGUCAUCAAAGUAUGCAGAUAUACAUGAGCAGAAGAGACUUGUUGAGAUUGCCUGUAGCUGUAUGAAGUACCAUCUUCCCUCAGAUACAAUGCAUGCUGUUCUGUUACUAUGCUCCAAUCUUACAAGGAAUCAUUCUGUUGCUCUUACCUUUUUCAAUGCUGGUGGUUUACGGCUGCUUCUUUCUUUGCCAACCAGUAGCCUAUUCCCUGGAUUUGACAAUGUUGCUGCUAAUAUUGUUCGUCAUGUUAUUGAAGAUCCCCAGACCCUGCAGCAAGCAAUGGAAUCUGAGAUAAAGCAUAGUUUUGCACUUGCAUCUAACCGCCAUCCCAACGGAAGAGUUAAUCCUCGCAAUUUCCUGAUAAAUUUAGCUUCUGUUAUUUCUCGUGAUCCCAUCAUAUUUCUGCAAGCUGCUCAAUCAGUUUGCCAAGUUGAGAUGGUAGGUGAAAGGCCAUACAUUGUCUUGCUGAAAGAUCGGGAUAAAGACAAAGCUAAGGAGAAAGAAAAGGAAAAGGACAAAUCAUUGGAAAAAGCUCAGAAUAAUGAUGGGAAUGUUGGUUCCGGAAUUACAAAUCCAUCAGCUUCUACAAAUGCUCAUGGAAGAAGUAUCGAUUCAAACUCAAGAAGUAUCAAAAGUCAUAGAAAACCUAUUCAAAGUUUCUUUAAUGUGAUAGAACUUCUUCUUGAAUCUAUAUGUACUUUUGUUGUCCCUCCUUUGAAGGAUGACCUCACUGGUGGCACCUCAACAUCAAGUGACAUGGACACUGAUGUAUGUACCUCAAAGGGGAAAGGAAAAGCAGUUGCCACUAUGUCUGCAGGGAAUGAAACGAACAGCCUGGAAGCUUCUGCAUCACUUGCAAAGAUAGUAUUUAUUUUGAAGCUUCUGACAGAGAUUUUGAUGAUGUAUUCACCUUCUAUCCAUGUUCUUCUUCGCCGAGAUGCUGAACUGAGCAACACUAGGGGUAUUCAUCAAAAGAGUCAUGUUGGUUUCUGCAUGGGAGGAAUAUUCUACCAUAUUCUCCAUAAUUUUCUUCUAUACUCUCGGAAUUCCAAGAAGGAUAAAAAAGUUGAUGGUGAUUGGAGGCAGAAGUUAGCAACUAGGGCUAACCAGUUUAUGGUGGCUGCUUGUGUUCGAUCUUCAGAGGCAAGGAAGCGGAUUUUUACAGAGAUUAAUCAUAUUAUGAAUGAAUUUGUUGAUUCAUGUAGCAGUGUUAAGCCACCUGGCAAUGAAAUUCAGGUGUAUGUUGAUCUACUUAAUGAUAUUUUAGCUUCUCGUACACCUGCUGGCUCAAGCAUCUCAUCAGAGGCUUCUGCCACAUUUAUGGAGGCUGGUCUGGUUAAAUCAUUUACUCGUACUCUCCAAGUGUUGAACUUGGACCAUUCUGAGUCAUCUAAAGUUGCCACUGGUAUUGUCAAAGCUCUUGAGUUGGUAACCAAGGAGCAUGUCCAGUCAGUUGAUUCUAAUGCAGGAAAAGGUGAUAGUUCAACAAAGCCUUCUGAUCUUACUCAAACCAUAAGAACAGAUAAUAGUGCUGAUGCAUCUCAGUCCAUGGAAACUGCAUCUCAGGACAAUCAUGAUACACUUCAAGUCGAGUCUUACAAUGCUAAUCAGUCUUAUGGUGGAUCUGACUCUGUUACCGAUGAUAUGGAACAUGAUCAAGAUCUUGAUGGGGGCUUUGCUCCUACUAAUGAGGAUGAGUACAUGCGUGAAACUGUUGAGGAUGCCAGAGGUCAUGAGAAUGGAGUUGGAAAUGCUGGUUUACAGUUUGAAAUUCAACCCCGUGGCCAAGAAAAUCUGGAACAAGAGGAGGAGGAAGAGGAGGAGGAGGAAGAUGAGGAAGAAGAUGAUAUGUCUGGAGAAGAGGGUGAAGAUGUAGAUGAUGAUGACGAGGAUGAUGAGGAACAUAAUAAUUUGGAAGAAGACCAUCACAUGCCUCAUCCUGACACAGAUCAAGAUGAUCACGAGAUGGAUGAUGAUGAUUUUGAUGAGGUGAUGGAAGAAGAAGAAGAUGAGGAUGACGAAGAUGAUGAGGAUGGAGUAAUAUUGCGACUUGAGGAGCGCAUUAAUGGAAUUAAUGUUUUUGACCAUAUUGAGGUAUUUGGAAGAGAGAAUAGUUUUCCAAAUGAAGCUCUUCAGGUGAUGCCAGUAGAGGUUUUUGGAUCUAGACGUCCAGGGAGGACAACCUCUAUCUACAGCCUUUUGGGCAGAACUGGUGAUGCUGCUACUCCUUCACGCCACCCACUUUUGGUUGGUCCUCCUUCAUCAUUCCACCUGCCUACUGGGCAAUCAGAUAAUAGAUUGGAAAGCUCAACAGCUUUAGAUAGUAUCUUUCGAUCACUGAGGACUGGACGACCCGGUCAUCGUUCAAACUUGUGGAGCGAUAAUAACCUGCAAGGUGUGAUCAAUGCUGGUGUUGUACCACAGGGCCUUGAGGAAUUGCUUGUCUCUCAAUUGAGGCAACCCGCCUCUGAAAAGUCAUCUGAUAAAAGCAUUGCAGAAACUGGUCCUCACAGCAGGGCUGAUGUCAGUCACAUGCAAGAUUCACGAGGUUCAAGGCUAGAAUCCCCAGUUGAAAAUAAUGCAAAUCAGGAAAGUGGAAUGGUGACUCCUCAAUCAGUUGAUAAUAAUAACAACAAUGUUGAUAUCAGAUCUGCAGGAAAUGGGUCUCUGCAAGCUAAUGUAUCAAGCACUCAUUCACAGGCAGUUGAGAUGCAGUUUGAGAAUAAUGAUACAUCUGUGCGGGAUGUUGAAGCUGUGAGCCAAGAGAGUAGUGGUAGUGGGGCAACUUUUGGUGAAAGUCUUCGGAGCCUUGAUGUUGAAAUUGGAAGUGCUGAUGGUCAUGAUGAUGGUGGAGAAAGGCAAGUUUCUGCAGAUAGGCUAGCAGGUGAAUUGCAUGCUGUGCGCACAAGAAGAGUAAACAUGCCAUUUGGUCAUUCUUCUACAGUUAGUGGGAGAGAUUCAUCACUCCAUAGUGUUACUGAGGUUUCUGAAAAUUCAAGCCGAGAUGCAGAUCAAAAUGGUCCUGCAGCAGAGCAGCCAGUGAAUAGUGAUGCUGGUUCCGGAGCAAUUGAUCCUGCAUUUUUGGAAGCUCUUCCUGAGGAGCUCCGGGCUGAAGUUCUCUCAGCUCAGCAGGGUCAAGUGGCUCAACCAUCAAAUGUUGAAUCUCAAAGCACUGGGGAUAUUGAUCCAGAGUUCCUUGCAGCUCUUCCCCCAGACAUUCGAGCUGAAGUUCUGGCUCAACAGCAAGGUUGAUUCCAGUUUUGUUAUAAGGAUGUUGGCUCUGACUUUCCUUUUGGUUUUCUGCAGGUUCUUUUAACAUCAUCUGAUGCUAUCCUUGCAAACCUUACACCUGCUCUUGUUGCUGAAGCAAAUAUGCUGCGGGAGAGGUUUGCACAUCGAUACAGCAGGCCCCUCUUUGGUAUGUAUCCAAGAAAUCGACGAGGUGAGACCUCAAGACGGGGUGAGGGUGUUGGUUCUGGCAUGGAUGGAGCAGGGGGAAGCAAUACUUUGCGCAGGACUGGUGGAGCUAAGGUCGUUGAAGCUGAUGGAGCACCUUUAGUAGACACUGAAGCUUUGCAUGCUUUGAUUCGGUUAUUUCGCAUAGUUCAGCCACUAUAUAAGGGUCAAUUGCAGAAGCUUCUUUUGCAUCUUUGUGCUCAUAGUGAAACCAGAACUUCUCUGGUAAAAAUUCUGAUGGACUUACUAAUGCUGGAUGUGAGGAAGCCCACCAGUAAUGUUAGUGCAGUUGAACCGCCGUACAGACUAUAUGGUUGUCAGAGCAAUGUAAUGUACUCGCGCCCUCAAUCUUUUGAUGGAGUUCCACCAUUGCUCUCUCGGCGAAUACUUGAAACUCUCACUUAUCUUGCUUGCAAUCAUCCAUAUGUGGCAAAAAUUUUGCUUCAGUAUAGGCUGCAUCAUCCUGCCUUAAGAGGAUCAAAUAAUGCUGCUCAUGUUUCACGUGGCAAAGCCGUUAUAGUUGAUGAUGAAAUAGAUGUAGAUGACGCUAAUGAUGGAUACAUAUCCAUUGCAAUGCUUUUGAGUCUCUUGAAACAACCCCUUUACUUGAGGAGCAUAGCCCAUCUUGAGCAGCUGCUAACUUUGCUGGAUGUUAUCAUCAAUAGUGCUGGAAGCAAGUCUAGUUCAUCUGACAAAUCCCAGAUUUCUACUAAACCGGUACUGGAUUCACAAAUCUCUGCAACAGAUGCAAAUACUGUUCUUGAUGCAUCUUCUGAUGUCAAUGGUUCCUCCAAAUCCACAUCUUCUGGUACUAAGGAAGGCCAGUCUCAUCAAGUCUUGAGUACCCUGCCACGAGCUGAGCUUCGGCUUCUGUGCUCACUGCUCGCACUAGAUGGUUUGUCGGAUAAUGCAUAUCGUCUUGUUGGGGAUGUAAUGAAGAAAUUGGUGGCCAUUGCUCCGACUCAAUGUCAGCUUUUUGUCACGGAGCUGGCAGAAGCAGUUCAGAACUUAACUUCAUCUGCAAGGGAUGAGUUACGAGUCUUCAGUGAAACAAUGAAGGCUCUUCUUAGUACAACAUCAACUGAUGGAGCCACAAUUUUGAGAGUCUUACAAGCCUUGAGUUCUCUUGUCACCUCAUUGUCCGAGAAAGAGAAUGAUGGAAUAACUCCUGCUCUUUCUGAAGUUUGGGAGAUCAAUAAGGCAUUAGAGCCCUUAUGGCAAGAGCUGAGCUGUUGCAUAAGCAAGAUAGAAUCUUAUUCUGAGUCUGCAUCCCAGGUUUUCACUCCUUCUAGGACCUCUGUGAAUAAACUGCCUGGUGCCAUGCCUUCACUUCCAGCUGGUUCUCAAAAUAUCUUACCAUACAUAGAAUCAUUCUUUGUGGUUUGUGAGAAGCUGCAUCCUGCACAGUCAGGUCCUAUCAAUGACUUAGGUGUUCCUGUUAUUUCUGAUGUUGAAGAUGCAAGUGCUUCUGCUAGUCAGCAGAAAACAUCUGGACCUGCUGUGAAAAUAGAUGAAAAACAUGCUUCUUUUGUCAAAUUUUCAGAGAAGCACAGAAAGCUACUAAAUGCUUUUAUUAGGCAGAAUCCUGGCUUACUCGAGAAAUCAUUUUCCCUCAUGUUGAAGGUUCCAAGAUUUAUUGAUUUUGAUAACAAGCGUUCUCACUUCCGAUCAAAAAUUAAGCAUCAGCAUGAGCAUCACCAUAGCCCUUUAAGAAUCUCAGUAAGAAGGGCAUAUGUUCUAGAAGAUUCUUAUAACCAGCUUCGCAUGAGAUCAACUCAUGAUUUGAAGGGAAGGUUGACUGUUCACUUUCAAGGGGAGGAAGGUAUUGAUGCAGGCGGGCUUACAAGGGAAUGGUAUCAGUUGUUGUCCAGAGUUAUUUUUGACAAAGGAGCCCUGCUUUUCACUACAGUGGGAAAUGAAUUAACGUUUCAGCCAAACCCGAACUCUGUUUACCAAACAGAACAUCUAUCUUAUUUCAAAUUUGUGGGCAGAGUGGUUGGAAAAGCAUUAUUUGAUGGUCAGUUAUUGGAUGUGCAUUUUACUCGGUCAUUUUAUAAACACAUCCUAGGUGUCAAAGUUACAUAUCAUGACAUUGAAGCCAUUGAUCCAGACUAUUUCAAAAACUUGAAAUGGAUGCUAGAGAAUGAUAUCAGUGACGUUCUAGAUCUUACCUUUAGCAUCGACGCAGAUGAAGAAAAGUUGAUAUUAUAUGAAAGAACUGAAGUGACUGAUUAUGAGUUGAUACCCGGUGGACGGAAUAUAAAAGUUACAGAGGAAAAUAAGCAUCAAUAUGUUGAUUUGGUUGCUGAGCAUCGGUUGACCACUGCUAUUCGGCCUCAGAUAAAUGCUUUCUUGGAAGGGUUUAAUGAAUUGAUUCCCAGGGAGUUGAUAUCAAUAUUCCGUGAUAAAGAGCUAGAAUUAUUGAUCAGCGGACUACCUGAUAUUGAUUUGGAUGACUUGAGAGCAAAUACAGAAUAUUCUGGAUAUAGUGCUGGAUCACCAGUUAUCCAAUGGUUUUGGGAAGUUGUUCAAGGUUUCAGCAAAGAAGACAAGGCUAGACUUUUGCAGUUUGUAACUGGCACAUCCAAGGUGCCCUUGGAGGGUUUUAGCGCCCUUCAAGGAAUUUCUGGCUCCCAGAAGUUUCAGAUACACAAGGCAUAUGGAAGUCCAGAUCACUUGCCUUCUGCACAUACUUGUUUCAAUCAACUAGAUUUGCCAGAGUAUCCAUCUAAACAACAUUUAGUGGAGAGGUUACUGCUUGCUAUUCAUGAAGCAAAUGAAGGAUUUGGGUUUGGUUAGGGUUUUGGUGUUUGGAGGGGAUAGGGCACAAAAUACUUCUUUUACAUUUUAGGUUAGAAGCUAUUUUUAAAGUGGUACAGGUUACAAUAUUUCAAGUUUUAUAUCAAUGUUAAUAUGCUGUACAGUCCUAUAUUUUGCAAUGGGAAAUGCCUAUGGCAAUUUUUCAAUUAAA